UGUUCUUUAAUUACAAAUUGUCACAAAAUUGGGAUGGUUUAAUGAAUUUACAAUAAUCCAAAGUAUUGCCAAGAGGUUGAAUAACAAACCUGGCCACACUGUCUGCAGCUGUAGCUGAUUGCGGCAUGAUUAUCUAAACAUUGUGGGAAUUUAAGAAUAGGAAAUAUUAAAAAUGAACGUGAGCACUCGAUUCCUAAUAAAUAGGCUGGGAAAACAGUGCGCUUUCAAUCGCAUUGUUACAUAUUCCACGAAAUCGACCGAACAUGCUGCCGCUAAUGCUGUAGAAACAGAAAAGGAACCAAAGAUAAAGGAGACGACAGCUUCUACUGCAUCGGAAGCAUCAAUUCCAAUCCGAAAACCUGUUAUACCAGCCAAUUAUCGGUUCAUCUACCCCGAGUUUUUGCCUGAUCCCAAGAUAGAAUGGCGGAACCCAAUCCGGGAGAAGCUUGAACGCAUGGACAUGUUGGACCGUCGCCGCCAAAUUGACCUGCCAGAGUUUUAUGUGGGCUCCAUAAUGGCGGUGACAAGCUCCGAUCCGCAUGCAGAGGGAAAGGUUAGUCGUUUCGUGGGUAUCUGCAUUCACCGGGAUCGCUGUGGACUGCGCGCACGCUUCAUUCUCCGAAACGUGAUUGACCACCAAGGUAUAGAGGUGAUCUAUGAACUGUACGAUCCCACUAUUCAGAAGGUUGAGGUCCUGCGAUUGGAAAAGCGUCUGGAUGACAGUCUCUUUUAUUUGCGAGACGCUCUACCGGAAUACAGCACCUUCGACGAGAACAUGGAGGCGGAGCAAUUGGAGGAGGGCGCGCCUGUGCCGGUUAACGACAUUAAGGUAGUGCUACGUCCGCGUCCUUGGCUUGAACGCUGGGAGCGUCAAAAUUUGCGUGGAGUCGCCAACAUUGAUCAGUAUCUGAAGGACAAACACCGUCAGUCUGCCCGAAGAGUGCAGAAGCCGUGGGAGAAGUACGACUUGAUGAAACAAUACCGCGCCACAAUACCCGAGGAGGAACAGAAUGAAAUAUUCGCUGAAGUGUACGCCGAACUCCACGCCCAGGAGCUCCAGCGCAAGCGGAACAAGCGAAAGCGUACCUUUGUAAAACCAAAGCAACUGGCGUAAUUUCCUUGUUUGUUGAUUUGUAGUCCAUUAAAAAAUAUUACAUAAAAAAUUCA